AGGAGUAGGAGGGUGGGCCUCCGCCGGCAGGCGGGCACGCAGCGGCAGUGGCGUGUGGCUGAGAGGCCGGGAGCGGCCGCGGCAGGGGGAGGGCGCGAGCUCCGUUUAAAGGGCCAGCGAGUUUGGAGGAAAGUUGCGCGGAGUUCCGCGGGCCCGGGCCGCCGCGGGCCGGGGCCAUCCGCGGGCCGCACCGGGCGGCGCCGGCGGCGGCAUGGAGCAGGCAGCGCCCAAGAGCAAACUGAAAAAGCUAAGUGAAGAUAGCUUAACUAAGCAGCCUGAAGAAGUCUUCGAUGUUCUGGAGAAACUUGGGGAAGGAUCUUAUGGUAGUGUGUUUAAAGCAAUACACAAAGAGUCUGGACAAGUUGUAGCGAUUAAACAGGUCCCUGUGGAGUCAGAUCUUCAAGAAAUAAUUAAAGAAAUCUCUAUAAUGCAACAAUGUGACAGUCCCUAUGUUGUCAAGUAUUAUGGCAGCUAUUUUAAGAACACAGAUCUAUGGAUUGUUAUGGAAUAUUGUGGGGCUGGCUCUGUUUCGGACAUAAUUAGACUUCGUAAUAAAACGCUAACAGAAGAUGAAAUUGCAACUAUUCUUAAAUCUACUCUUAAAGGACUUGAAUAUUUGCACUUUAUGAGAAAAAUACACAGAGAUAUAAAGGCUGGAAACAUCCUUCUUAACACUGAGGGGCAUGCAAAAUUAGCUGAUUUCGGUGUUGCUGGCCAGUUAACAGAUACAAUGGCAAAACGUAAUACUGUUAUAGGAACUCCAUUUUGGAUGGCUCCUGAGGUAAUACAAGAGAUUGGCUAUAACUGUGUGGCAGACAUCUGGUCCCUUGGUAUCACUUCAAUAGAGAUGGCUGAAGGAAAGCCUCCAUAUGCUGAUAUUCAUCCAAUGAGGGCUAUUUUUAUGAUUCCUACAAAUCCCCCUCCAACAUUCAGGAAGCCAGAGCUCUGGUCUGAUGAAUUCACAGAUUUUGUGAAGAAGUGUUUAGUGAAAAAUCCCGAACAGAGAGCUACAGCAACACAGCUUCUACAGCAUACAUUUAUUAAGAAUGCCAAGCCAGUUUCAAUUUUGAGGGACCUGAUCACUGAAGCUAUGGAAAUAAAAGCCAAGCGACAUGAGGAACAGCAGAGAGAACUAGAAGAAGAGGAAGAAAAUUCGGAUGAAGAUGAGCUGGACUCUCACACCAUGGUGAAGACCAGUUCAGAGAGUGCUGGUACCAUGAGGGCCACAAGCACGAUGAGUGAAGGUGCUCAGACAAUGAUUGAACACAACAGCACUAUGUUAGAAUCGGACUUGGGGACCAUGGUGAUAAAUAGUGAUGAUGAUGAAGAGGAAGAUGGGACCAUGAAAAGAAAUGCUACUUCACCGCAAGUACAAAGACCUUCUUUCAUGGACUACUUUGAUAAACAAGAUUCCAAGAAUAAAAGCCCAGAAAACUGUAAUCAGAACAUGCAUGAACCUUACCACAUAUCCAAAAAUGUUUUCCCUGAUAACUGGAAAGUCCCUCAAGAUGGAGACUUUGAUUUCUUAAAGAAUCUAAGUUUAGAAGAAUUACAGAUGAGAUUAAAGGCUUUGGACCCUAUGAUGGAACGAGAAAUUGAAGAGCUUCGUCAGAGAUACACUGCAAAGAGGCAACCUAUCCUAGAUGCGAUGGAUGCAAAGAAACGGAGACAACAAAAUUUCUGAGUUUGUUUCUGUUUGAUUCAGAGAUAAUGUCAUGAGUCAGUGUGGACACUGGUAACUGUAAGUCUGAAGGAAUUCUGAAAAUUAAAAAAAAUGCAAACUUUCAAAUUUUCCUUCGCAAAUGAUGACAAUUAGAGCAGUGAAAGAGCAUACGUAUCAUAUUCUGCAAAGGCAGUAAAACACAUUACCACUUGUUAUAUUUUCAAAUGUUUAAUGUAAUAGAAGUUCAAUCUAUUACUUCCUAAUCUUUUUUCAGCUGUAUAGUGGUAAUUUUGUGUUGUACAUUAGGAGUUGUGUUUUGGAGCACCUGGAACUAUUUUUUGAUUGUGCAACACUACAGAGCCUUAUGUUGCAAUAUAUUUUCCUCCCAUUUAGUAGCAUAUUUAUUAUGUAAUCUUUGGUUAUCCUAUUUAUUUUAUGCCUGUUUACUUUUUUAUUAGGAAGUAUUAGGAUAAUAUAGUGGAGAGCAGAGCCAGAGUAGAUAAAAUUGGUAUUGUAGUAUGAUACAAAAGCUCGCCACUAUAUUGUCUUCUAAAACUCCAAUUUCAGCAAGCAUCCUAAUUCAGGACAGCACUUGAACAUGUAUCCAGUCCAUUCGGAUCAGUAAGAGUUAAACAUAAACUAAGUGAUAGGCGCAUGCCUUACUGCUGUCCUGAAUCAAGGACUGUGGCUGUGGUUGAGCAGUACAGUUGUUACACAAGAGAACGUUUUUAGAGAGUAUUUCUGUCAUCUUUACGCACACUGAAUGAUCUCCUAUUAAACAAGAAAACAAGUGCCUAGUCAGUUUUGAUUUUCUGUAAUUCAGGAGAAGCAAUAAUUGCAGUCACUCUUACAGUGUAAAUUUCCAAUUGUUAUUGCAAUUCUGACCAGUAGAAACCCCUGUUUUGCACCGUAGUUUUAUAAUGAAGUAACCGCGAUGCUUUUUGGAUUUUUUUUUUUUGGUUCAUUUAAUUUUUUAUCACUGUCCUGGGGGGAGAGGGAGUUAUUGGUGGUUUGGUUUGGUUUCACAUUAUAGACAUUAAGUGAUAGUAAUUUAAAAGCCAAAGAAGAUCAACUGAAUGCUUAAGUACUGAAAAGAAGCAGUGUUUCGCAGUACUCUGAGGGUGCUGUCCUGCAAUCACUACACAUCCAAAAUUCCUGUAGUCUUCUGUGGUAAAUUGGGGGAAUCAGAAAUGCAGGAUCAAGCUCUUAGUAUCUUUUUACAGGUUUUCUCUCUGGUUCAUGUUGUGUUAUAUCUAGUAAGUAGAAUUUAUCACAUUGCAAGAAAUAGUUUAGACUUAGCAGAAAAUGUGAUCCACUUUCUGAACAAUCUACUGUGUUCUCUAUUGAUAUCUUUACAAUUGCUGCCUUUUAUGUAAUUAACUUUACUGUGAUAGUCAUACUUCUUUAAACAAUACAGCUGAAAAGAUCUUUACUUGCUACCUUCAGCUGUUCAUUUUUUAAUGGUGACUACUGUAUGGGCAUCUUCUGUUAAAUGUUUUCUGGAAGUUAGUAAUCAUCUCAUACCUCUUAACAUUUACUGUCAUCAUAUGUGGACCAUUCAGAUGGAAGAGUGCAGAUUUUGGAGAUGGUGCAGUAUAUUAUAGAGUUUAAGCAAAAGGGGAAAAAAAAUUUAAACAGUUCAGCCUAUUACAGCCAUGCUGGGACCAGAAUUUGCUUUUGAGCUGUCUACAGCCAUUGUCGUCAUUGUCAUUCUGUGUGUGUGUUUGUGUGCACACCACACUCUAACAUGUAAAAUCAAAUAAAUUUUAAUUGCGAUUAUUAAAACGUCCUCAUCCUCAACUCUCUUUAUGCUUCUUAAAAUAAUGAUCAUCCCUUACAAAGAAAUAAGAACACAGAAGUUCCAUAAAAAUGACGUUAAGCAAGAUAAAUACAUCUUGUAGUCUUAUGCCUCACAUUUAUACAAUGAAAUGUCAAGUAAAAAAUAGUAUAAUCGUAUCACUGUAUCAUUUGAUUAUAAUCAUAAUGCAACAAAAAAGCAGCAACCCCUCCAAUUAGUACAGUUAUGUUAUUUAUUUAAAAUUUAUGUUCAAUUCCUGAACUUUCUGUUCUCAAAAACUCUCUCUUGUUUAUAUACAAAAGCAAAUAUAUGAAACAUAGGAAGAUUUAAACCAUCAGGAGAGAAAGCUAACUUGUCUUUUGUUGCUGUGCCUCUUAAGCAAAGUGCCACUGUUCAGCAUUCUUACUUGCAUUGUUUAUAGCUUUCUAUUCCCUUACUCUCUUAAACUUUUCCCACCAAAAACAAGACACUGAUUUUGAAUAAUGCAGCUUUGCAGCAUAAUAUACAGCGUAGUAUAAUGAUCACAAUUUUCAUAGUUUGUGUUACAGAAAUUUUUGCAAUGUAGUGCACUAAAUAUUAAAUAGCAACCCAGAGGGACUCCAGUAAAAGGCCAUUUUAGACUAGAGCUGUUGCAGUGUGACAUAUGAAAGGUAUCAGAAGAUGAGGGACAUCCUUUCUUUACUUCUGAUUUGUCUGCAUAGAAGCAAUUUGACUAAAUUUUGUGCACGUGCAUACAUACAGUUAUGGAUUAUACAUACAGGAGAAAAAUCUGAAAGAGUGGAAAAAAUCAAAACUCUAACAGGCCACCUAAAAUGGCUGAAAAAUAGCUUGGAUAGAUGCAGGAAGUUUGUGACCAAAGAAUACUUCCAGCAAUUAGUACAAAAUUAGUAAUGUUGCCAUCUGAUAUCGUGCACACUAUAGUCAGUAUAAAGCUAUCUGGCUUCAGAAGCCAGCAUAUCAGGCUCUAAAUUAGGUGCAAGCAUAACAUACGGAACUAGGUUUUGUAUUAAGAGAUGGAUACAAUUUAUUUUUUCUUCUGUUUAUGUAAGUGAAUCAAAUUGUCUCUGUUAACAACUACACAUCUCCACUGGUGGAAGAGCAUCCCUGUAAAGGAAAGCAGAUAGUGCAAUAAAUAAGAUAUUUUAAAUGCAAGACUUGCAGCAAAUCUAAUAGAACUACUGACAAGUUAACUUUCAAUAAGGUUUUAACCCAGCAUUUUCUUGUUUGCUUCUGAUUUUGUAUGUUCAGGUUAGCAAGUAAAAAAAUUUUUUUGAAAAAAUAAUUAAUUACCAAACAUUUGUAAUAAAAACUAAUUUCUUAGUUAUAAUUGUCGUCUUGUUGUUCGUUCUAACUGAAGCUAAAUUAUGCUAAUAAUAACCAUUAAAGUUCAUUUACAUAGCCUUCUCUCAUGCUUAAAUUUCCUUUCUAUAAUACUGUGAGCCCAGCUGUGAGCACAGAAAACCACAUCUCCAGAAGUCAGGCAUGGAAAGGUUUUUUCCACCUGAAGACACUGAUGCAAGCUCCAGAAGUCUGGAGAUCAUCAUGGAAAAGAAUAAUAGGCCAGUCUAAGGACAGAAAUCCUCAAUGCUUUGCAGAAGUCCCUCUCUGCAGUCUAAGAUUGCUAAAGGCCUAAUCCCGAGAGAGCCGAGCAGUACCCCAACCUGGUGAAAGCUGGAGGUAUUCAUAGACAUCCUUCACCUGGAGGUACUAGCAGACGUUAGCAGCUUCAGGUGCACCUUUGAUUUCCUAGUGUAAUGAGAACAAUAGUUGAUGGAGAGUCUUCACUGGGGAAAGCUGCUGCAUAUAACUACUUAAAUUUGGUGCCAUAGCCCAUAUCUUUUCUGAUUUUUUUAAAUUAUUCAUUUUUUCUGAGAAUCUGUCCAUAAAGACUCUUUGGUAAAAGGAACUCAUGAACAAAACUCCUCAGUGAAAUACAUUGCUUGAAGUGGCCAAAUUCUACUUCUGAUAUGAAUUAAUCUGACAGUUAUUGGAUAUUGUGAUUAUUUACUGUUCAUCCACAAUAAAUAAUAGCUUGUCUAUAUUUGCCAAGCCAUAUUCAGAUGAGAGAACAUAACGUACAAUGGCUCAGACUGCUUCUCCAGUCAUCUGCACCGCACGUAGAACUUCCUAGUAUCAAAAUGGCUGAUUAUGAAUGGCUCAAUGCGCGAGUACAGAGAUAACGUUAGCGACCGUUCCUAGGCACUGGUGCUUUUAAAUAGAAUGUAUUCUGUAAAACUUCUGUCAAACACUUUGUAUGCACACUGCUUUAUCAGAAUGUGACAUGAGGAGGGUUAAGUUCUCUAAGUGUAUACUUGGUUAUAAAACUAUAAUUAAAAAGACCUUAUAACAUGAGGAAA